GCUUCUUUAUCCAUGGAUGGGCGUGUUUGACGUGAUCAGAAGAAGAAUUAUCGCAACCGAACCUCUUUUGUUGGGCUUCUGUGUUACCUGGUGCUUGGGUCACAUCAGGGAGACAGUAGACUUUCUCCACCUGGCCGAUAUAAUAUAAAAAGAGGUACGAGAGAUUUCCACAUCUACACUAAAGAGUACCUUAGCAUACCGUAGUUACAUUGUACAGCUGUCCCGCCAACAACCCCACCUGGCCAAGCUGGCUCUGCUAAACGGACAUUCCUAUUGCUUCCGUCGCUACGUAGUAAUUGCGAUUUCCCACCUCCUGAAACCAUCCCGUUUUCCCGAUACAUCAUAUCUCUUCCCCCACUUCUCCUACCAGCAACCUCAGAAGUUUCUUCGGGCAGAAACCACACAUCGCAAUCAUGGCCAAGACAACGACCCUUAAGGAAUUCGAGAGCGUCUUCCCCAAGCUGGAGGAGGCGCUCCUCGAGUAUGCCAAGGCAUACAAGCUGCCCGAGCAGAUGCUCAGCUGGUACAAGCAGUCCCUCGAGGUCAACACCCUCGGCGGCAAGUGCAACCGCGGCAUGUCCGUCCCCGACUCGGCCUCCAUCCUGCUCGGCCGCCCCCUGACCGAGGAGGAAUACUUCCAGGCCGCGACGCUCGGCUGGAUGACUGAGCUCCUCCAGGCCUUCUUCCUGGUCUCCGACGACAUCAUGGACUCGUCCAUCACGCGCCGCGGCAAGCCGUGCUGGUACCGCCAGGAGGGCGUGGGCAUGGUUGCCAUCAACGACGCCUUCAUGCUCGAGUCGGCCAUCUACACGCUGCUCAAGAAGUACUUCCGCUCGCACCCGCGUUACGUCGACUUCCUCGAGCUCUUCCACGAGGUGACCUUCCAGACGGAGAUGGGCCAGCUGUGCGACCUGCUCACGGCGCCCGAGGACAAGGUCGACCUGGACAACUUCUCGAUGGACAAGUACACCUUCAUCGUCAUCUACAAGACGGCCUACUACUCGUUCUACCUGCCCGUCGCGCUUGCCAUGUACAUGCUCGACAUCGCCACUCCGGAGAACCUCAAGCAGGCCGAGGACAUCCUGAUCCCGCUGGGCGAGUACUUCCAGGUGCAGGACGACUACCUGGACAACUUUGGCCUGCCAGAGCACAUUGGCAAGAUCGGCACCGACAUCCAGGAUAACAAGUGCUCGUGGCUGGUCAACAAGGCGCUCAGCAUUGUCACACCCGAGCAACGCAAAACGCUCGAGGAGAACUACGGCCGCAAGGACAAGGCCAAGGAAGCUGUCAUCAAGCAGCUGUACGACGAUCUCAAGCUCGAGGACCACUACAAGCAGUACGAGGAAGAGCGCGUCGGCGAGAUCCGCAAGAUGAUUGAUGCCAUUGACGAGAGCAAGGGUCUCAAGAAGCAGGUCUUUGAGGCCUUCCUUGGUAAGAUCUACAAGCGCAGCAAGUAAACCAUCUCUAUUCGACAUAUACUGGUUGCUUGAGGAGGGAGAAAAAGUGCGGAUGAGAUGAUAUACCUAACUUAAUGCCGCCCAAGGUUGGAUUGCUUGAUGAUGGAUCGAAGCCAAGACAAAAACAAGCGUUACCAUUCAUUUACAGAAAGAUUUAGUGAGCUUUGGGCGCGACAGAUACCAGGCCUUGUUUUUCUGCUAUACAUAUUUGCAUGCAUGGCGAGAGACGGAGGGCAAUAAGAAAUAAAAGUAAAUAUAAUAAUCCUUGAUGCAAUCCCACUGAUUGGGAACACUUCUACCCGUCACGAGAUCCCAUUGAUCCCUGCAUAAUACUAGUCUAUUGUGUUUGACAGAGGUCUAAGAAUCGUGUCCUCGCAUCUGUUCUGGAAGUUGUAGUCCGUG